GGGAAUGGCUAAUUUGAUGGUAACCGCUUCAAGUAAGAAUAAUUCACGCAGUACAUCACCCAAUAGAGGAAAUUCAUUGACUACCACUCAACAAAUACCAGCUAGUUUGGAACGUACACCAAAAACACGUAAUGCUUCACUUAUUUUACAUGAAACUGAAAAGUUCAGAAGCUUGUGCUUUGGUACCAUGUACCUAAUGAUACAAUAUACACUCAUUUCAGUCUUACAAAUAUGAAAAUUAAGUUGCUAAACAAAAAAAAGUUAAGCUAAAGCUAUAAAGUAAAUAAAAGGAGAAGAGUACAAAAUUAAAUUUGACUUCGCAGUUCCCAAACAGGGGAGGGUAGUACAGGCAGUGGAAGUAGUGGUGGUGGAGGCAUUGUCAGCAUGAAAGGUAGUAGACAAAAAUCACCAGGAACUGUGAUUCGAGUAGGUGAUGCCAUGGAUGAACCAAAUACCAAUUUAAUCACUGCCGAACCAGACGAGUUUGUGCCAAAUAUUCACCCACCAACUGAUGAUGAAGGAGAACAAUAUCAUGCAACACAAUCGUUCCUAUCAAAUGGCUCCUCUGAAUUAAUAACCGACGAUGUCGACACAAGUUCUGCUCGUGUUUGUCAAGCUAUUGAACACAUUCAAAGUAAAAUUGCUAAAACACGAGAACUUAUAAAAAUAGAACAAACAACACGAGAUGAAAACGUUAACGAAUAUUUAAAGUUAGCUGCUAAUGCAGAUAAGCAGCAGCUUACUAGAAUCAAGGCAGUAUUUGAGAAGAAAAAUCAAAAAUCAGCGCACAGUAUUUCUCAACUCCAAAAAAAAUUGGAAAGUUAUACAAAAAAGUUAAAACAUUACGAAUUAAAUGGUGCGCCUACGAGUCACAGACAACCUCGAGAAGUGCUUCGUGAUAUGGGACAAGGGCUUAAACUCACUUCCAGAAACGUGGGUGGCAAUAUAAGGGAUGGAAUCACUGGUUUUUCAGGAAGUGUAAUGUCCAAACCAAGGGAAUUUGCACACUUAAUAAAGAACAAAUUUGGUAGUGCUGAUAAUAUAAAUACUUUAUCACAUGGCUCGACUUUUUAUGUAAACGAUACACCGCGUGCAGGUAAUGGAGAUAACGCUAGUGUUGAAGAUGAAAAGACACAUCACGGAUCAGCCACACUUCCCGGUGGAUGUAGUUUAGGGUCUACCCAUAGUGCAGCAGGAAUGAAAUUUCCGUCUGAAGAAGGCUCGGAGUGUUCUAGUGUUACAAGUGAAAGUGGACCUGGUAGUAGACGACAAGGACAUACGUGUCACAGUAACAAUGCGCUUAGCCUGAAAUCUAUUUACUCGGAAUUAAAAGAACACAGGGAAAAUCAAGAUCGGAUGAGAGAAAAAUUAGAAAGCUUAAAGACUUUGCAACAAGAGGUGACAUUUCUUUCCCAUGCUUUGCAAGAGGAACGCUUUAGAAGCGAACGUUUGGAAGAACAAAUUAACGAUCUAACCGAACUGCACCAAAACGAAGUAGAAAAUUUGAAACAAGCCAUAACGGAUAUGGAAGAAAAAGUACGAUACCAAAGCGAAGAUCGCUUAAGAGACAUACAUGAAAUGUUGGAGAGUUACCAAACGAAAAUUUCUACAAUGGAACACCAGCAACAACAACACCAACAAUAUGUCACUUUGGAAGGUUUAGAUAAUAGCAAUGCGAGAGCAUUGGUUGUAAAACUCAUAAAUGUAUUAUUAACAGUGUUGCAAGUUAUUCUACUUCUUGUUGCGACGGGUGCUGGUAUAAUGAUGCCUUUCCUUAGGACCAGCUGUACUAAGCCUCAUUGUUUCAUGUGCAGGGUGCGCAUACUAACGACUAUGUUUGUUGUAAUGGGCAUAGUGUUCGUGCUCAAACAAUGGCCUGAGGUACACGACGUUGGCAGUCGCCUCAUGCGCCAUCUUAAACAGACGCUUAAGUAGCAUCGGUGGUAUACUUAAAUUUACUACACCCUGUGAUGAAGAAAAGUUGUACACAAUGAUCAACAUUUUGGAUCCGUUUAUCAGUGCUGUAGUUUUAGAGCAAUAAUAGUAGGUAUAUGCGCAAAUGACUUUAUUUAAUUCGAUUACAUUCACCAUCAAUUUAUUCAGUAAAAUCAGGUCUAUUUGAUACUGUUAACAGAACAACAAUAUUCGAAACAUACUUUGUCAUGCAAAAAUGUUUCAUUUAUAAGAACAGGUUUUCUAGAGAUGAUAAAUUUGAAAGUAUUUCUUACCCUGUAUGCAAUUGUUGUCAAUUUUAUUUCAAUAUUUUUAUUAUUAUCUGAGUCCUUUUGUCUACAAACAAAAAUAUCCGCAUUUGAUAUGAUUAAUUGGAUGCGAGUAAUAUAAAAGUAAUUAUAAAUUGUAAAAAAAUAAAAUGGCUGCUAUAAAACGUGAACAGAGCAGUAAUUAUACCGCUGUACGCUGAUAUUGCUUGAUUACAUACGGCACGUUGUUAGAAGAAUUUACUCUGAUAAAAUGAUGUCGUGUGGCGAUUGCGUUAACUUUUACAUGAGUCAUUGAUUAACGUGGAAUUAGAAGAAAUUAUUGAAAAGAAGAAAAUACUGAUUCAAAAGUAGGAGAGAAAAUGUUCUAUCACCAGUGUCUGUGGGUGGUCUAGCCACCAUUUUCAAAAUUAAAGUUAACGUGUUUGAUAUUUCAGUGAAAUCGUGUAAUUUACAAAAUAUACAAUUCUAAAUCACGUGUUUAUAAUUAAAAUCGUCCAAUUGUUAAACAGUAAUGUAAAUUAAGGAACCAGAAGAGCACUUAUAUCGCUGUAGGUACUCCUCCUUUCCGAGUGUAUGAAGUAGCGUAACCUAUUCUUUAGCAUUGAUAAUAAGACCGAGUAACUUCAUAAAUCGUAGAAAUUACAAACUUCUCAUUAUCUUUAUGUAUAAUUCACAAAUUAAUUUUCCACCAUGAGGACUUAAAAAGUGGUACUGUUUGAAUAUAAACGAAUGUGUAUACAAAAUCUAAUAUCAAAAGAGGACCAAGACACUCCCUUCCUCUAACUCUCCUGUAACACAAUAAAAAAAAAUUCUUGUUUUGGAAUAAAUAAUAUUCAGACAUGCUUUUUAGUCUCAUGAGUGCUUCAAGCCACCACAGACACAAGUAUGCAUACAUAUUAUAAUGACUACAAAGAAAUGAACCAUGACAGAUAUAGAAAUGAGAGAAAGACUGAUGAUGGACUACAUCGCUGUUACAAUUGUGAAUAAUUUAAUAUUUGUGGCAAUUUUAUGUUGCUAAUCACUCAGAAAUGUUAAAACGAUAGAACAAUGAAAAAAAAAAAAUGUAAAACAACAUCAGUUGCAAAAUUAUACAAUUAUAUAGAAGAAAUAAUGAUUCUUAAUUUAAUAUAGGUGCUCAAAUAUGUGAGUGUUAAAAUAUUUUGCACUACGCAAUUUUUGUAUUGUAUUGUUGCUAUUUAGUAGCGAAAUAUGAUUUAUUUUAUCGAAUAAGUUCCCUAGCUUUUGAAUUAGCUUUAUUGCAAAUACAGUAUCAGUAAAUAUGUUUCACAAUUGAAUAUUAUUUCACGGAUAUGUGACGAGCGAAACAAGAAAAAAAUACUUUCCCGAUAACCAUUGGUUCCUUUUUUAUCGUUAAGUAUAUGAAAUCCUCUUUUUGUUUUACAAAUAAAUAAUUUAUAAUUUAUAUUAAGUUCGUGUAUUUAGAUUUUCUGUUAUUUGUAUAUGUUGGACUAUAGAAUGUUAUCACUUCACGGAUCCAUGAAAAGAACGAAUAAUCGUUUUUAAUUGAUUAACAAACACUGUAAAUAAAAUAAAAUGUAUACGUAGCAUA